CAUCUCUCUCCGCCGCCUUCACCAUGGCGCCACAACAAGCUCUCCUCGACUCGGAGCUCACAUUCUCCUCUCCGCCAUUCAGCACAUUGCUGGAUGCGCGGCUCCUGCGAGCCCUCGCAGACCUAAAGUUCGCCCACCCGACCCUCGUGCAGGCCAAGGCCAUCCCCCUUCUUCUCGAAGGCAAGGAUGUCCUCGCCCGCGCCCGCACCGGCAGCGGCAAGACGGCGGCGUACGUCGUCCCCGCGGUCCAGCGCGUUCUAGAGGCCAAGGCGGCACAGGACCCCACCUCCCCCACGUACCAGGCGACGCGCGCACUCGUCCUCGUCCCGACGCGCGAGCUCGCCAUGCAGGUCGCGGCCUUCGUCAAAGCCCUCACAGUGUAUGCCGAGGGCCUCGUGUCCGUCGUCAACGCGGCCGGCAGCGCCAACGUCCAGCGCGUGCUCCUCAACGACAACCCCGACGUCGUCGUCGCCACGCCCUCCAAGCUCUUGGCGCUCCUCCAAGCCAAGAGCGUGGACCUCUCGCACCUCCUGUUCCUCGCCAUCGACGAGGCCGACCUCCUCCUCUCGUACGGCCACAAAGACGACCUCACCCGCAUCCUCGACCCCGCCAUGAACUUUGUCCCCCGUCUCGGCCUGCAGGCGUGCCUCAUGAGCGCGACCCUCAGCGACGACGUCAGCAGCAUCAAGGGGCUCGUGCUCCGCAACCCCGCCAUCCUCACCCUCUCCGAGCCUGCCACGUCCUCCUCCCUCCUCACCCAGCACUUUACGUACACUUCCGAACGCGACAAGUUCCUCCUCAUCUUCGUCUUGCUUAAGCUUAAGCUUAUCAAGGGCAAGUCGAUCAUCUUUGUCAACGACAUCGAGCGCGGGUAUCGGCUGCGCCUCUUCCUUGAGCACUUUGGCAUCAAGUGCUGCGUCGUCAACUCUGAAUUGCCGCUCGCAUCGAGGUAUCAUGUCGUGGAGGAGUUUAACCGUGGCGUGUACGACGUGGUUAUUGCCACGGAUGAGGCAACUCCCGACGACGUGGAGGAGACCGCUGAGGAAGAGACCGCUGAGGAGGAGGCCGCCGAGGAGGAGGAGGCCGAAGAAGAUGCUGAGGAUGACAAGGAGGAGGAGGACGAAGAGACAGACGAAGAAGAGAAGGAGGCUGUCAGCACCAACGCCGAGGCCGGGCCAUCAAAACGCCGUGCCACUUCCCCACCAGCAGGCGCGCAGCGCAAGAAGAAGCGUGGGCCCGGUAACUCGAUGGCCCGCGGUAUCGACUUUACCGCGGCGUCGUCCGUCAUCAACUUUGAUCUCCCCACCACCGCCACCGCCUACCUCCACCGUGUUGGCCGCACCGCGCGUGCCGGCCACUCGGGUCUCGCGCUUUCCUUCGUCGUGCCCAAGGACAAGUGGGGCAAGGACAAGGGCGUGUCCCUCAAAACGGCCAAGCUGGACGACGAGGUAUUCGGCAAGAUCAAGGCGCGGGUCAAGACCGAGUCGGGCGCCGAGAUCAAAGAAUGGGACUGGGGAGGCCGGCGCGGCGAGAUCGAAGGGUUCCGGUACCGCAUGGAGGACGCGCUGCGCGCCGUCACCUCGAAGCGGGUGCAGGAUGCGCGGCGCGAAGAGGUCCGCCGCGAGCUCCUCAACUCCGAAAAGCUCAAGCAGCACUUCGCCGCCAACCCGCUCGACCUCGCCUUCCUGCGCCACGACGCACCGCUGCAUGCCGGCCGCACGAGCCGGCACCUCAAGCAUGUGCCGGGGUAUCUUAUGCCCAAGAUCGCCGCGCUGCCGACGGGCGGCGACGUCGGCGACGGGCGCCACAUCCCGUUCGCGAAGCGCGGGCGCGGAGGACGCGCCGGACGGGGAGGGCGUGGAGGACGCGGCGGAAAGGGCCGUAAGGUCGACCCGCUCAAGUUCAAGGGAUAGACUGUAUACUAGAUUAGUGUAUGCCAUCAGUAGUAAUGCAUUC